AUGACUCCAUCUAUCAAAAGAGUUCUUCAAACACAAGCGGAGAAGUUCUAUGCCGCUCCGACACCAUUCAGAAAACGAAUUCAUUCUCACUUCAGUCGAUCACAUCGUGCUCCCAAAGUAUCACCAUUCGUAACUUGUCCAGACAAUGGGUACGCAUACAAAGGAAGUCCUCAUGAACCACAUAAGAUGUUCCCCUAUCAGUUUCGCCCCGUCGAACAUCGAUUUCAUGAGAAACUUGCUAUGCAAAAGGACAUGAUCAGAAGAGCGAAGAUUCAACAUGAUCGGGACCAAAUCAACGAAAUGCUUCCUAUUGAUGUUCUCAUUCGAGCACUUCAAGAACAAGCUGAUAAGAUGCAAAAGCCGCCAGAUCCGAUCCCAAUUCGAUUGAAGGUGUCACCACAGAUGCGUCGUUUGAAAAUCAAGAAAACUUCAAAGAAGCAUCGCCAUGAGAAACUGCGAAAACCAGAGCGUGGACAAUUCAUUGCUCCCGUCUACAAGCCAGUUGUUAUUGCCGAUGCUGAUCCUAAAUUGGUUGCUUUCUGGAUGAUCGCGUGUCUUCUUGAUCUUCCAGCUCCACUUGCGAUUCAUACAACACCAGCCGACAUCAUCGAACACCGUCGCGCUCGUCUUUAUCAAGAGGAGGGCGCUAAAUGGGUUCGACUAUUCUGUCCAGGUGCAAACGAAACUGACCCAAAUAUUCCAAAAGUGUUCAGAAUGUUUGACAACACGGACGAAGGAAUUCCAGAGGAGUUUUUCGGAAGGAGAGAAGAAAAUCAAUCUGCACUCAAAACUUAUCAGUUUCGGGUAAUUGCCAAGCGGUUUCUGAUCAGUCAAGAGAUCGACUUUGAGGAGAGAUUCUACCUUGGAGAGAUCAUUGGAAUGUCUGAAGACGAGGUAAAAGUCGCAUUCCUCAAGCUCAAUCUUGAGCAAGCAAUCAGUGGAAAAUCAGAGGCAGAUCUCCGAAAUCUCGUCUUCACAACCUACAAAGAUUCAUUCUCUCCUGAACAACUUCAAGGAGAGGAUCUUGCUGUGAUGGAGAAAAAUUACGAGGAUUUAGUGGUUCCAUUGCUCGAUGAUUUGUUUUCGGAUUAA